AUGGCUGGAACUACUAAAGGCGCCGGCAUCCCCAUCGAUGUGCCAGUUCGAUCCUCAUCACCCGGCCCUCUCUACACCGGAGACUUUGCUCGCCAGCAGAUUCAGAAGCAGCAAAAGAACAAUUUCCAUUCCAGCUCCCUCAAAAUGGUUACCAACCCGCAAACCGUCAACAAGACGGCCCUCCACCCCGCCGGUCUCCAGCCGUCCAAGGAGCACACCGAGAUUGAGGAGGAGCUGCACGACAAGGCACACAUUGACUACGACCGCGUCGCCAUUAUUGCCAACCCCUCCGUUGCUGCUCUCUACGAAGAUGCAUUGGUCUACGAGACCGGCUCGGCUAUCACCGCGUCUGGUGCUCUCUCCGCAUACUCCGGUGCCAAGACCGGCCGUUCUCCCUCGGACAAGCGUAUCGUCCAGGAGCCUUCAUCAGAGAACGACGUCUGGUGGGGUCCUGUGAACAAGCCCAUGAGCCCCGAUGUCUGGCGUAUCAACAGAGAGCGUGCUGUCGACUACCUGAACACCAGGAAUCGCAUCUAUGUCGUUGAUGGUUUCGCCGGUUGGGACGAGCGCUACCGCAUCAAGGUCCGCGUUGUCUGCGCUCGCGCCUACCAUGCCCUCUUCAUGCGCAACAUGCUCAUCCGCCCCUCGCGCGCUGAGCUCGAGCACUUCCACCCCGACUACACCAUCUACAACGCCGGUGCUUUCCCUGCUAACAGGUACACCUCCGGUAUGACCUCUGCUACCUCCGUCUCUAUCAACUUCGCCGAUAAGGAGAUGGUCAUCCUCGGUACCGAGUACGCCGGUGAGAUGAAGAAGGGUAUCUUCACUGUGCUCUUCUACGAGAUGCCCGUCAAGCACAACGUCCUUACCCUGCACUCUUCGGCAAACCAGGGCCAGAAGGGUGAUGUCACCGUUUUCUUCGGUCUGUCGGGUACCGGCAAGACCACCCUGUCGGCGGAUCCCAAGCGUGCGCUGAUCGGUGAUGACGAGCACUGCUGGAGUGACAAGGGUGUCUUCAACAUUGAGGGUGGCUGCUACGCCAAGUGCAUUGGCCUCUCGGCCGAGAAGGAGCCUGAUAUCUUCAACGCCAUCCGUUUCGGCUCCAUCCUUGAGAACGUCGUCUUCGACCCUGAGACCCGCGAGGUUGACUACGAUGACUCGACCCUCACGGAGAACACCCGCUGCGCUUACCCCAUCGAGUACAUCGAGAACACCCUGAUUCCCUGCAUCUCCGACAACCACCCCUCGAACAUCAUCCUCCUUACUUGCGAUGCUCGUGGUGUCCUUCCCCCGAUCUCCAAGCUCAACACCGAGCAGACCAUGUACCACUUCAUCUCCGGUUACACCUCGAAGAUGGCUGGUACUGAGCAGGGUGUCACCGAGCCCCAGGCCACCUUCUCGUCUUGCUUCGCUCAGCCCUUCCUGGCCCUGCACCCCAUGCGCUACGCCAAGAUGCUGGCGGACAAGAUCGCCCACCACAACGCCAACGCUUGGCUGCUCAACACCGGCUGGGUCGGUGCCGGUGCCACCACUGGCGGCAAGCGUUGCCCGCUCAAGUACACCCGCGCCAUCCUGGACGCCAUCCACAGCGGCGAGCUCGCCAAGGCCGACUUCGAGGUGUACGACACCUUCAACCUGUCGGUCCCCAAGAGCUGCCCCGGUGUUCCCGACGAGCUGCUUAACCCGGCCAAGAGCUGGACGGGUACCGCGGACUUCAAGGGUGAGGUCACCAAGCUCGGCCAGCUGUUCGUCGAGAACUUCAAGAAGUACCAGGAUGAGGCCACUGCUGAGGUCCUGAAGGCUGGUCCCGCUGUGUAA